GGGGGUUCGGGGACCGCGGUGGGCAUGGACCGUGCCGAGUCAGAGUGAACGGCCCGGUGGGUGGGCUUUCUAUAACCAAGCAGAGGUAAGAUGAACCUCCUUUAUGGACUGCAGUCUGCCACAAGAAAUCGGUUUCUCUCUGGAGUGAAUAUGCUGGCCCGCAGGAGACCGUGGACCCCACCAGCAGGCUGUCCACUGGCACCAAGGCUCCCAGCAGUACAUGCAAACUGGGGACUUCGCACAGUCAGUCACUGUUAUUCAGUGAUCUCACUGCCCAGAAACGUUCAUUUCUGUAGGACUCUCAAGAACAAAAGAUCAGGAUGCCUCUCAAGUGCCCAAAGCAAGGAAAUGGGGGUGCUCACCUACAAUUGGACGGUUUGGGGUGAUGCCUCAUGUUCUCCGAACUGUGCCGCCGUGAGAGAGGCCCGGAGUUUCCACACAUCUGCGCCACGUCAGGCCGCUCCAGUCCCUCUCUUGAUGCUCCUUCUGAAACCAGUGCAAAAGCUCCUUGCUAUCAUUGUGGGCAGGGGCAUAAGGAAAUGGUGGCAAGCACUUCCUCCUGACAAGAAGGCGCUAUUUAAAGACAGCGUGAAGAGGAACAAGUGGAGGCUGCUCCUUGGUCUGAGUGCCUUUGGACUGCUGUUUGUGGUGUUUUAUUUCACUCACCUGGAAGUGAGCCCUGUCACUGGAAGGAGCAAACUACUGUUAGUGGGGAAAGAACACUUCAGACUCCUGUCAGACCUGGAAUAUGAAGUGUGGAUGGAAGAGUUUAAAAAUGAUCUGCUGCCUGAGGAAGACCCCCGGUACCUGACUGUCAAGAAGGUGGUUUAUCAUCUAACACAGUGCAAUCAAGACGUCCCAGGGGUCUCUGAGAUCAACUGGGUGGUUCACGUGGUCCAUUCGCCCAAGGUCAAUGCCUUCGUGCUCCCAAACGGACAAGUGUUUGUUUUCACUGGGCUUUUGAAUAGCGUGACCAACAUGCACCAGCUUUCCUUCCUGCUGGGCCAUGAGAUCGCGCAUGCGGUCCUGGGGCAUGCCGCAGAAAAGGCUAGCUUGGUUCAUUUACUGGAUUUCCUUGGCAUGAUUUUUCUCACAAUGAUUUGGGCCAUUUGUCCAAGAGACAGCUUGGCAGUUCUGGGCCAGUGGAUACAGUCAAAGUUGCAGGAGUAUAUGUUUGAUAGACCAUACAGUAGAACAUUGGAGGCUGAAGCUGACAAAAUUGGACUACAGCUGGCUGCAAAGGCAUGUGUGGACGUAAGAGCUAGUUCAGUGUUUUGGCAGCAGAUGGAGUUAUCAGAGAGCCUUCAUGGCUACCCCAAGUUGCCAGAGUGGCUAUCGACACAUCCUUCUCACGGGAACCGAGCUGAGUACUUGGACAGACUCAUACCACAGGCUCUCAAACUUCGGGAGGUCUGUAAUUGCCCACCACUCUCUGGACCAGACCCUCGGUUACUGUUCAGACUUACUGUGAAACAUUUACUUGAAGACUCCGAGAAAGAGAACCUAAACAUCACUGUCAAAAAGCAGAAACCGGAUGCUCUGCCCAUUCAGAAGCAGGAGCAGAUACCACUGACAUACGUACUCGGGAAAAGAACUGCAGGUUGAACUGAACCGAAUGAAUCUUGGGUUCCGUGAGGAGCACAGUGAGCCUUUUCAUUCUUAUGCAACUCUCAAAAAUGAUGUUUCCAAGGAAAAAAAUGGAUGUUCAAAGAUCAAAUCAUGUAUAUUACAGAUAAUAUCUGGAUUUUUCUAGAUUUUUAUCUUUCAUGAAAUAUUGAUGCGUUUUAAUGUACUUUAAAAUACUGCCAACGAGGCCAACGUCAUAGAAUAAAUCGAUGUUACGCAUUUCA